AUGUCCCAAAUCUAUUCCGAAAAUCACCACCUCACGACCACCGCCAAUACACAUCUCGGUUUUGCUCAAACUAUUGACACCCCAACAAUGCAAAACAUAUCUCGUUUGAUACUCCGGCGUAAACUGGGGUCUCUGUGCCCCAUUGGCCUAAGUACUCUUCAGUCACACGUUCAUACUCGCACAUGCACAGUCUUUUUCUCUACAUCUUCUUCCCUCCAGUCCGGCCAUAAUAGAUGGACCAAGAUCAGGCAUGACAAGGGCAAAAAUGAUGCGAAUAAAAGCGCUGAAUUCUCAAGGCUCUGUCAAGAAAUAUGCGUCGCUAUGAAGAGUGGUGGUCCAGGUCCCGAUAACCUUCGCCUAUCAGCAGCUUUAGUCGCUGCAAAGAAGGCCGGAAUGUCAAAGGACAAAAUGGAAGCAUCCGUGAAGCGUGGUCAAGGUGUUUCUGCAUCCGGUGCAACUCUAGAAUCGGUUCAGAUCGAAUGCAUCGGACCGGGGUCUGUUGCUAUGAUAAUUGAAUGCCAAACCGACAACAAGCUCGGCUGCCUAGCAGACAUCAAAGUCAUUCUGCGCAAAAAUGGUGCCACGGUAACACCCACGUCGUACCUAUUCACCCGCAAAGGGAUAAUACGUCUUUCCGCCGGGGAUAAUUCUUACGACACUCUGUUAGAGUCCAUUCUCGAGAUUGAUGGGAUGGGGGAUAUCAACGAGAUCGAGCCUGAGAAUAAGGGAUCCAAGACUGAAGUGGAAGUCACGACAGACCCUGCCAAGAGUGUUGCUGUGGCCGACGGGCUCGAGAGCCAGUUAUCCGGUGUGGAGAUCCUGAAAAGCUCAAUUAGAUGGGUGCCGAACGAAGCGACGCUUGUUUCAGUUAACGAUGAGAAGGCUUCAGAAGCUUUGAUAAAGCUAAUAAGUGCCCUGGAAGAAAUGAGCGACGUAAGCGGUGUAUAUACAAAUAGUCUAAAGUGAGACGAUAUAUCAUCUCAUGCCAUCACUAUA